AUGAAUAACACCUUCAUAGAACGCACGACCUUUGACCCACUAGACCUUCACCUUCAAGCCAACAAGAUUCUCACCUUAUUCCAUAGAAUCGAAUGCUUUUUCUUUACUUUAGCCUUCGUCAACUCUUAUGGCAGCCAAAUAACAAUGAAUACCAUUGGUUCUACUUCUGCUCAACACCAAAAUGAGAAGAAUAAGGUUAUCUUUGUAAUGGGUGCAAAAGCAACAGGAAAAUCCAAACUCUCAAUUGACCUUGCAACUAGGUUUCAUGGGGAAGUCAUUAACUCGGACAAGAUCCAAGCAUUCAAAGGGCUAGAUAUUAUAACAAACAAAGUCACCGAGGAAGAGGCUCGUGGUGUGCCACAUCACUUGAUAGGGAUUGUGGAUCCUGAAGGAGAUUUUACUGUUGAUGACUUCUGCCAUCAUGUGCUGAUUAAAGCCAUUGAUUCAAUUUUGAAGAACGGUCAUAUCCCCAUCAUUGCCGGUGGAUCAAAUUCCUACUUAGAGAAGCUUGUUGAGGAUCCAAGUAUUAAGUUUCGAGAGUAUUAUGAUUGCUGUUUUAUUUGGGUGGGUGCUUCCUUAGCUGUUUUGUACGAACGGGUAGGAAAACGAGUGAACGAGAUGGCAAUGAAUGGUCUAGUGGAGGAAGUUCGAGCGGUAUUUGUUCCCGGGGCUGACUAUACCCGGGAUAUUAAGAGAGCAAUUGGGGCUCCAGAAAUGGAGAACUACUUUUUAGUUGAGAACAACAUCAAGGUUGAUGAGGCUACCAAGACAAAGAUCCUUGCUAAUGCUUUUGAAGUGAUUAAAAUCAACACCGGAAAAUUGGUAGAUUCCCAGCUCCGAAAGAUCCAACGGCUGAGGGACAAGCUUGGAUGGAAAAUGCACAGAAUUGACGCCACAUCUGUGCAUGAGAAACAUGGGAAAGAUGCUGAGGAUACUUGGAAGGAUGUGGUGUUGAAGAAAAGUCUCGAAAUAGUGGGUGACUUUCUAUAGCAGGAAAUGGAGGAGUUCUCUAAUUAAUAUGUAAGUUAUAUUUUGGGAUAUAAAUUCUACAAUCAUUUCAUUUUACAAUAAACAAUAUUUAUGUUCUAUGCAUGGUUCGAAUAGGAGAAAGGCUUAUAUAUUCUCCUAUUCUAUUUAUAUUAAAUUUAAU